AUGGCCUCUACUGCGAGCACUCUGAAGCCAUCUGAAGUCACUGUGGCUCUCAUCAACCAAGCAGUGACGAAGCACAGGACGCGGUAUGAUAAGACAUUCGUCAAGGCGUUCAUGGCAGGGGUCAUGUUGUCCUUUGGUGGUCUUCUCGAUGUGGUCAUUUCCGGUGGAUCGCCCGGUAUUGCAGCCUCCAACCCAGGAUUGGUCAAGGUGAUGGGCGGCUUUGUCUUCCCCGUUGGACUCGUCAUGAUUGUGCUGCAAGGCUUUGACCUUCUCACAAGCAACUUGAUGACAUUCCCUAUGGCUGUUAUCAAAGGUGCCCUGCCCUGGUGGAGCAUUCCAGUGAAUUGGAUCAUUGUUACUUUUGGCAACCUCGCAGGUAGUCUGUUCUUUGCUGCCAUUCUGUCGAAGUACACGGGUUUGGUUACGGACGCUCCGUACAAUACUUACAUGCAAAGUUUUGCUAUCACGAAGGCUGUCACUCCCCAGUUCCAUGAAGUCUUUCUUCGUGGCAUUGGCUGCAACUGGCUCGUUUGCGUCGCUGUCUGGCAAGCCACUGGUGCAGCUGAAACCUACUCAAAGAUAAUCGCAAUCUGGAUCCCUAUUUGGGUUUUCGUUGCCUGUGGCUUUGAUCACGUUGUCGCAAACAUGUUCUCUUUACCUUUGAGCAUUAUGCUACACGCCGACGUACGUAUUGUUUUGCUUUACUAA